AUGAGCAACAACGAGCAAGCCCCGCGAGGAAGGGGAGGACGGCGUGGCCGGCCUCCCGUGAGAGCAGGUCUGGGGAGAGGAAGAAUCACCGUCUCCGGCAAUGCAGCUGGGGCUGAGGGCGAAGGAGUCGUCACAUCGGCGAAGCGACCGCGAGGACGUCCACGCAAGGAGGAGCUGCUGGAGGAACAACGGCGAGAGGAAGAAGAGGGAAAAGAGGGAGAGGAGGAGGACGUACCCGCUCCGAAGCGACGUCGAGGACGGCCGCGAAAGGAGGAGCAGCGGAGGGCCGAGAGCCCGUCCUUCUUUCCCGCCCUGAGCGAUGACGACAAGGACGAGGACGAGCAAGAAGACGAGGAUGAGAAAACGGAGGAUCAGGAGGGCCCCGAGCAAGGCCCUUCGUCAAGCACGCACACCUUCCGGGCCGAAGAACAGAUGGCCAACAAUGCUGCCCCUGAGGGCCGCCGAUUCGAGGCCUUGAUGCGAAAGAACCUGGCUGUGGCCAUCGACGCUGGGCUCGAGAGCGCUGAGCGAUACUACAAACGGGUCAAGCCGCGGGUUUCCGUCGGUACAAAGGACCUCAUCGACCGCAUGGUAGGGCCUCCCGAACCAGCAAUGCGCAUAGGCUGGACCCAGGCCCUCGAGGACGAGGUCCAGGCGCAAUGGGCCGCUUCAGACGAGAAGAGGUCGUUGGAGGCGGCGUCUUGGAUAGAGCGGGUUAUCGCCUUGUGGAAGGUGAGUCUGCAGCUCUUUAGAUGCUCACCAGUGGCCAUCAUGUCGCCGGCCUACAACCUCUGGAUCGAUGCCUCCAACCCGGGCGAGGUCUUCUGGCCGGUAACCUUUUGCGAGGCCCUGAGCCACCUAGUCGCCCAUCCCAUCUGGCGCGGCAACAAGGCCCUGCUCAGGCGCGCCAUCCAGCUCGCCGUCGCCUGCCGUACCGAUAACCGGGCCAGUUGGACCAUGGACCAGCCCGAGAUGUGCGGCGCCAUUGUCGCGAUUGCACAAUUCUUCUUGGUAGACAACCGCGAGCACGCCCCAAAGCACUGGGUUGAGCAGGCGUUCAAAGAGGUCCCCAAUGGCAAGGUGGCAUGUCCCGAGGCCUGCUUUCUGCGCCACCUCGCCACCGUCUGUUCGCCCAAGAAGCCUCAGCGCACCGACGACACCAGGUUUCUCGUGCGGAGGAAGGACCUAGUAAAUAUCACCAAGGCCGUCGAGACGUUCGGGGAGGGCUUCUUCCCGUCCACGAAUAGCGUGCCAGCCAUGUACUAUGCCUACUUGGCCGCUCGCUCCGGGCACACGGCUCCUGUAGGGGAGGCUCGCACGAAAGAACUCCACGGGCUGGCGUGGAAGCACGAGAUGCGCCGAGCGAAGCGCCGGGAGCUUGGUUUGCCGUUCGACGACGCAUCUAUGGCCUUGGACAAUCCCGAAGGGCAUGCUGCGUCAUCCACACGACGACAUGGCCCAGUUGUACAUGGCAACGCGCAAGGGGCCAUGGGAUUUGUCCCGCAGAAGCAGCCCCCCGCGCCCCCGACCACCUCAAGCUCCGACGCCGACGAAGAGACGAGCGAAUCUGGAGACACGAUUUUUAUGGACGCGCAGGAGUAG